GAUGAGGAGCACCAGUCUUUGGGCUGCCAUCUGCCUGAGUGUCUCUAUACCCGGAGUGACUCUGGCUAAUGACCUCUACUGAAUGUGGAGCUGCUGCUGGGCCCUGACGAUGGGAAGCUGAACAUUAGGUAGUGUCUGGAUCAGUGACUUUUUGUUUUGUAACCUUUUUUUUUACCCGUUUCUGAUCACUUUUACCAAACACUCUUCCUCUAAGGAAUCUCUUCAGAGCAUCGACAGAGACAUUGUGGAGUAAACCAGCUGAGUUUAUGCAUAUCAGACCAGACUCACCACUGGAAUCGGCUUCACUACUGCUUCAAGAAGUUGUUCUGCAGUCCGAAGAACUGAAACCCAGUUUACGUCUGGAUUAUCACACCUACUCCAGAUGGGUUCAUUCUUUAUGAAGUUCUGCUGCUGCUGCUGCGCUGGGGACGACGGCGAUGACGACGAAAAGCAGCCUUUAGUACCUCAGGAUCCGUUGGAGUAUUUUAACCGUGAAGUCCAGAAGCGUCGUGAUGAGGAGACCAACCUGUGGAGCGAGCCAGGUGACCCUAGCCACUCGGAGAGAGAUGACGACCGGACCCUUUACAGCCUGCUGCAGGCCAGGAACCAGACCCGAAUGGGAUCCACGGGCUAUCGCCGACUAAGUGUUAACAUUGAGUCCAUGAGAGAUACCCGUCGAGAAGUCCGAGACAAAUGGAAGCAAAUCCUGGAGAACUUAGGUUUCAUGGCGGAGGCAGACUCGCUGCUGAACGUGUCUGCUGGAGCCUCACAUGACCGUAUGCGUAACGCCCAAGCAGCACGUGACAUGCUGCAUACGCUCCACACCGAGACGUCCCUCUUUAGCAGCAGAGAGCCGCCACCAGAAAGAUAUCUACUGAUCCUGGAUCGUCUUCUGUAUCUAGACAUAGCUGAGGAUUUCCUGGCAAAGGCAAAGCGCUUCUAUCCUCCAAAGGAUGAUUCUGACGAGGAGGAGUCGGGCCUCGCCAUAAACCUGCCGCUGCUGAUGGCCAGGAUGGCCAUGAACGGAACAGGCAAUAACGAAGACGACGAUGAUGAUGAGAGUGGAAGAGACGAUUGAAACCUGAGUGUCAGAUCUUAAGAUCUAGUGGCUGCAAUAAUAAUAGACACUAGGCAGGGGGCAGUAGUCGUCAACCCUGGAGACCUGGAUGACAGAUAUGCAUAGCUCUUACCUUCAAGUGUCUGUUGCUUCUUCUUGGAAGUUUUAGGCUGAACAGUUUCUCCUUUUUCCC